AUGAGUCAACCUACUGCUUUGUAUGUCGACGCUGGCGUUCAGGCAUCUAAGUCCACCCAGCACUUCAAUGUCGGAACGUUUGCUGUUUUAAUUUUUGACUAUUUCAUUACCCUAGAGGCAGAGUGGGUCUGGCACCGCAAAUGGACGUUUGUGCGAUUUAUAUUCACUGUAUCACGAUACUUGCCAUUUUUCGGCAUUGGGAUGACAUUUAUUGGUGCACUUCGAACGCAAUACUAUCCUGGUGAAAGUUGUGUCAGAUUUGGGCAAGCUUCUAACGUGUUGCACAUCAUCUGCAUUAUAGCCGCAGAGGGCUUGCUAAUAACGAGGAUUUAUGCUUCCUGGAGCAGUGAGCGUCUACUGACAUUCCUUUUGGUUUUUCCCGUCGUUUGUUUCGUGGUCUCUUAUCUCAUAUCGGACACUCCCCUGGUUUUUAAUUCCAAGAACACGACCCCGAUUAACAUACCGGAUCCGGGCAACUGUCUUCUCUUGGGCGGGAGGAAUAACGUCUUCGAGUACGCCGCUCUGUUACUCUAUGAACUAGUCCUCUUGUGCUUGAUGUUGUACAUCAGAUUCAGCAAGUACGGCAAUGCCGUCGGACUACUCCAAGAAACGUUUUUUAAUGACUCAGUGAGAUAUAUGAUGUGUAUCAUGGUCAUGUCUUCGUUCAGUAUAAUUUUGACCAUGGUUCCUCCGGUUACGUGGGUUUCGAUCACAGACUCCCCGCAAAUCGUCAUCCACAGUGUUCUAGCCUCUCGGAUACUUUUCAACUUACGAGCAAGUGAAAGACGAUCACGAAUUCAUAUAACACAGACGGAUGCAUCUGAGAUACAGUUUGGAGGAGAUAUAUUUUCGACAGUGAUAUUCGAUGCUUAA